AUGGAUACUACAAUGUUGCAACCAGUGCAGGUUGGAGGGCUGAACUUCUCCAUCUCCCCACUCAAGGCUUCCUGCAGCAUUGAUGAAUCCUACAAGUACAUCUUCCUCCCCCUGUGCUACUCCUUUACGUUUGUCUUCAGCCUUUCCCUCAACUCGGUUGUCCUCUACCGCUCCUUCCAACGCACCCGUCAUUGGAAUGCCUCCCUCAUCUACAUGGUCAACCUAGCCUCCACUGAUCUAAUGUAUGGGCUAUCACUGCCAUUCCUUAUUGCCAGCUAUGUAAUGCGGGACCGCUGGAUAUUUGGAGACUUUAUGUGCCGCCUGGUACGUUUCCUAUUCUACUUCAACCUUUACUGCAGCAUCUUCUUCCUAACCUGCAUCUCUGUGCACCGCUAUCUGGGUAUCUGUCACCCCAUGAAGACUGUGACUAUGGAGACCAAGCGGGCAGUCAAGGGGACAUGUGCCAUGGUCUGGGCUGUGGUGUUUGUUCUGACCAGUCCAAUCUUCCGUUUUGCACAGACUGGAUAUGUCAUCAGGGAGGGGCCUGGAAGCCAGGCAGGCAUUGACACUGGGCAAGUGGAGGCCUUUCUCAACUGCUGGGAUGAUGCCAUAGACAGAGAGUUCUCAGAGUACGUCCCCUAUGGGAUUACCCUACACCUGCUAGGCUUUUUCAUCCCAUUUGUCAUCAUUGCCUGGUGCUACUCCCAAGUGGUCUUGACCAUAUUUCGGACUUUGCACUUAUCAACCCAACUGCAAGAAGGUGGGUCUGGAGUUGAAGGAAGUGGAAGACAGGAGAGAAUGUCAGUUGCAUCUGGGCCCCAGGCUCCUUACAUGCAUAGACGGCGCAAAUCCAUAAAAACCAUCAUAACCAUCACAAUCUUGUUUGCAUUGUGUUUCCUGCCCUUCCAUGUCACUCGAACUCUUUUCCUCAUACUCAAGGAGCUGAAGAAUGUACAUUGUCGCUACAUGCGCAUGGUCUCCAUAUGCUACAAGGUCACCCGACCACUGGCCUCUUUCAAUGCCUGGUUUAAUGCCCUACUGUACUUCCUUACUAAGGACAAGGGGGCAUCCUGCUGCAGGCGGCCUGAUCCCACCCACCGCGAUUUACUCUGGCCAUUGAGGACCCUGGCAAAAGCUGGGGAUGGAGAAGAGCUGGGGGGACCCGACCUAAGGGCUGACAAGGAGAACGAGUCCAAAUCAACCCGAAUUUACAUGGAUGGAGCUGAGGGAAAGCAAUAA